UUCGGGGGGAACGGAGGUCCGGCGCGCGGUGCACAUGGUUCAUUGCAAAAAUGAUCCGACGGAUGCUGAGAAUGGGCUCGCCGGCUUGCCCGACGAGUGGAAGUAUGCGUUGCGUAUUUUGGAAGACGAUACGGUGCCCGAAGCGAAACGAACUUCGGUUUUCAAGAAACUCAAGAAAAUCCCGACAGCUACACUCAAGAAAGAGAUGGUGAUCUUCAAAGGUGGCGGCAAAGCAGAACUGGCGAAAGAAGAGCUUUUCCGCUUCCUGAAAGAUUGCAGCAAGCAAGGCUCUCCAGAGGACUUCUACGACGUGAUACACAAAAUCGGCCACGGAACCUACGGUGACGUUUACUUGGCGAAGGACAAAAGCUCCAAUGUGGAAGUCGCUCUGAAGCAAUGCAGCCCAGUGCACGCGAAGACCGCGUACAAUUUCUAUCUGACUGAGAUGGUUGUGCUGAGCGUUCUGUCCCAUGCGAACAUCGUGAAAUCAUUCGCUUGCUAUUAUGCUGCCCCGCUGGAGGCAAAGACUAAGCCGAAACUGAAAGAUGUCCAGGUGCCUUUCCUGAUCAUGGAACUCAUGGACGGCUCCUUGGCAGAAGUUCUUGACUUCUUGGAUGAUGAAGGCUCAUAUCUGGAAGCAAAUAUCGUUCUCUUCGUGAUCAGAGAAAUCCUUGCCGGCGUCAGCUUCCUCCACAAGCGCGGAAUUUUCCACCGAGACCUGAAAUCGGACAACGUCUUGCUCGGAUCCAAUGGCAGUGUGAAGGUGGCAGAUUUCGGUCUGGCAGCGCGUUUCGCCUGCCCCGAGAACGAGUUCCAUGGUCUAACUGGCACCACUCUGUGGAUGGCGCCAGAAAUCUGUCGAAUCGAGACUGACGUCGAGAACGGAGAAUCUGGCUCUCACCUACUGACUUACACCUACAAAGCCGAUAUCUGGUCUAUCGGCAUCAUACUGAUCGAGCUCCUCGACGGUAAACCGCCGUACAUGGAUCUCUGGGAGAAGGACGAGAAACUCGAAAUUAAGAGAAAAAUUGUUCACGAACCUGCCAUAAGACCGGAGCGGAAGGUCUCGAAGGGAAUGAACUCAAUCAUCGAAGCGAUGUUGAACAAGGAUCCUUCAAAGAGACUGGACUGCGUCGAGAUAUUGAAGAACCCUGUUUUCAAUUCUGCCGCGAAACGAGAGCAAUUCGCUCCUUUCGUGCAAUCGAUGAUCGAGUCCUUCAACUUGAAUGAGAAGUAGAGGUGGUUGACGAUUUCGGAGGAUAAUUUCUCUCUUUGAGUUCGACACCGCAGCAUCGCUCACACCAUUUGCUCCAAAGGAGAGGGAUCUCUGGAAUUGGGAGUUGGGAGGGCUUGCUCCCAAUAUCCUAAAUACUAUCCCCCAUCUGCCUCGAUCUUGCAUCAGGUGAAUCCCCGGAAUCCGGACUCAUUUAAUCAAGGCGCCUACAUUAAACUGAAGAAGUGAACCCUCCCCCGUCGAAUUCGAGAAUGACGAUUUUCGAAGAAUUACUUUGUAGUCUCCAAUAAAGGAAGAUCAUUUGUCGGUGGUCUCGGUUCCCU